AUGCAGGAAGGUGAAGUACAAGGCCAAAAAAGGAAAGCCCAGGAGGUCCCCUUGAAGGAUGAGAGAGAUGGAGUAAAGGCAAAGAGAGAAGACAAUGACAAUGAUUUCGGGAUUUCCGUUCCACCUUUAUUAGACUACUUAAGGACCAUUUUAACAGAAUAUAGUGACGGCCAGAUCAUAAAGGAGCUUGUUCAGAACGCCGAGGAUGCCGGCGCAGAUACUGUCAAAUUCCUGUAUGACGUACGGCACCAUGGGACCGAGACGCUGUACCGAGAUUCUCUAAAGCCUUACCAAGGUCCAGCUCUUUACUCCUUCAACAACGCCAAGUUCAAGAAAGCCGACUGGGAUGGGAUUCAGAAACCUGCCUGCAGCAACAAGAAGACAGAUCUUCUGAAGAUUGGACGUUUCGGCAUUGGAUUCAAUUCCGUGUACCACAUAACAGAUUUACCGAGCAUCAUGAGCGACCGGAAGCUGGCAUUCAUUGAUCCAUUUGAGGAACAUUUUCUUGAGGGAGGUCGGGUCAGAACUGGAAAGCAAUUUUGUCUCAGAUCCGACAGCGACAUAUUCUCGAAGAACGAAGACCAGUUUCAACCCUACCACAACAUAUUUCCAGGAGUAACAGGAGGGAUUUCUACAGGAUAUUUCGACGGCACGUUGUUCAGAUUUCCACUGCGACAUGACGCAAAUAAGUUAAGUGACAAAACUUACAACGAUGAAGGCACAUUGAGCGAGCUUCUUCAGGCUUUUCGAGCCGAUGCUGAUGUUGCUAUGCUGUUUUUGCGCUCAUUGAAUAACAUCGAGGUGUUAAAGAGGCCAUCCGAUCUGCAAGAGCCAUCACUUGUUGUACGAGUUCGAAGGGAACACGAUCCAGAAACGCAUCCACAGGGAAAGGAAAUUUCUUCGCGUCUAGAAACUUACUGCUCUGAUGCCAGUGGGCGCAGAGAGCCAAUCAAGUUGAUUGAUUGUGUGACUUUCACUACCGAAACACCGACGGCAUCCAAGGCACAACGCUGGAUUGUUAGUCAUCAUAUCGCGGGUGAUAGCAUGUCUCCAGAGCUUUCCGAUUUGGCCAAGAAGCAAAGUCAUCUCCCGUGGGCAGCUGUUGCUGUUCCCGUGAGUUCUUCAGAACCAAGAAAUGUAGCAGGUGAAGCAGAGAAUAACAACAUUGGUAGAGUGUUCUGCUUUCUUCCCCUUCCACCCGGUGGAGAGUUGGACGGGUUUACCAGUUCAUGUGCAUGGAUUCUUUGCUGUCAAUAGCGAUCGCCGCGGGAUCAAGU